ACAGCAGAGACUCUGGGGAUAUAGUGUCUCAUUUCUUCGAUGGAAAGGCACAGUCUGUGUUUCUCCUGUAUAUGAUGACAAUUGCCAAAAUGCCGAAUGCAGUCGAUUCUGUUCCACAAGAAAAAGUCCCGGGUUCCGUAGACGACUUGCCUUUACCCCUGGAACUAGAACUGGAAAUGGAACACGAGAUCCUAGAAAAAAUUUACAAACAUUCUGAAAUUACCAGCAGUCAGUACGGCAUCAACGUUUUUAUCAUUGGCCUAUUCCUGCUGCUGGCUUGUUCCAUCCAAGUCGUUGGAGUGAGUGAAAGGGACCUGAAGAUCUUCCUGAUCAUCCUAAUGCUGAUCCAGAUCUUGUGGAUGCUCUGGUACAUUCUCAGGAAUUCCACAAAGAAGUCUGCUCAGAAGGAGAAAGAUGGACACGCUGGAGCCCGGUGGUUAAGGUGUGGUAUUUCUUUCUUUGCCCUGACCACAACUGCAAUGGACGCCUUGAAACUGGGCUAUUUUGUUGGCUAUCGAGACUGUAUGCCACUGGCUGAUGCUGUUUAUCCAGUUGUACAUGUUAUUCACACACUUUUUCAGGUGUAUUUCCUCUGGUUCCAUUCACAAGAUGUCAUCAACUCCUACAAAACUCUUGAGAGGUUUGGCCUGAUUCACUCAGUCUUUACUAAUUUACUUCUAUGGGCGAGUGCAGUAGCAACAGAAUCAAAACAUCAACUUGCAGAGCAUAUGGGAAGACUCUCAUCUCUUGGUUUUGUAAAUAUAUCAUUUGAAGAGAUAAACCCAUUGUGCAACUGUACCACUGGAAUAUGCCAUGAAUUUUCUAAGGGAAUAUAUUACAUUUACCCGUUCAACAUUGAGUACCAUAUUUUAGCAUCUGCAAUGCUCUAUGUUCUGUGGAAGAAUAUUGGGAACCAUAUCAAGCAUCAUGUUAAUAAAAGAAGCUUUGAUCUACACGGUGUGGCCUUCGGUACUUUUUUGGGACUUAUUGUGUUAGCAGCAACAAUUGGAGCCGUUUUUAUAUAUAUCUGCCGAAUCGGACGCUCAAAAACUAGCAGCGAGUCUGCACUAACAAUUUACUACUGGUACUCGAUCACUGUGCUCUUUGCAAUGAGUUUGGCUACAGUCAUUGGCCUGAUACUUUAUAAAAUGGAAAAUAAGCCUACAGUGCAAGCCCAUAGUCCUUCCAUAAAGCUGGAUGCCAAUCUUCUAGUAGGAGCUGCCUCUGGAUCUUGGAUUACAUCAUGGGGAUCCAUCUUGGCAUUAACGUUUUCUGGAAGCUAUCAGACGUACACUUGGUUUAAUCUUCCAUACUCGGUUUUGGUGAUCGUACAAAAGUAUGUGCAGAACAUUUUUAUCAUUGAUUAUCUUUAUUGUGAGAACAAGCACCCCGAUGGUAUAGUGGAUGACAUAGAGAUACCCGUGCCAAUAUUUCCGAGUGAAGCCGUGUUAUCUGAGAACCGCACCACCAUAGAAGCCUUUACUGACGAAGUCAAGGAGAAAAAAGACAAAGACGGAAAUAUUGGAAACAUCAUCUUAGAGGACAACACUGCAGAAAAAAAUUCUCCAGACAAUAAUGCCAAGAAUAACUUUAUUGAUAACAGCAAUGAAAAAGACAAGACACAGUCAGUUCAGCCUCCAGAUAACCCAACAAGCAGUAACAAACUACGAGACUCAAGAUUCAGGAAAGUGCUACUGAAAAACCUUACAAUCUUCUUGUUUCUCUGCAAUAUUUCUCUUUGGAUUCCCCCGGCCUUUGGAUGCCGACCCCAGUAUGACAACGGACUGGAAGCAUUGGUUUAUGGGUUUUCGCCAUGGAUCAUUCUAGUCGAUAUCGCUCUUCCAUUUUCAAUAUUCUACAGAAUGCAUUCCGUCUACUCCCUUUUUGAUGUAUAUUGUAAAAUAUAGAGCUGAGCCAAAAUGAGAAUUGUGUAAGCACAGCUGGCAUUUUGGGGUUUCUGACAGUCGUACUGUUGAAUAAUAAAGAAGACAGUGUCUAAUAUAGGGCAUUAGGUCAGAUCCGUAGAGUAUUACUGUGUGUGCCAGGAAAACUGAAAGACAAUCAGGCACUUUAGGGCUUCUUACAAAUCUGUCUUUAUUCACUGGAACUAUUCAUAUCUAUAGAGAUUCUUAUUGUUCUCUGCCUAUAUUCUCUUCUUCUCAAUUCUGUAAAGGGCUGUGUACA